AUGCAGAACCCCACCUACCAGCCCGUCUUCACGCUCCACACCAUCUUCAACAUCAUCGACCUCCCUCCCCAUCUCCUGGACAACUUCCUCAACCAGAAGGCCAGGCGCACCGACCUCAGGCUAUGCUGUCAGGCCUUCUCGACCGUCUCGCCCGACCGCAAAUCCACGCAGCUCCCCGCCGCAACGACGGCUAUGAACGCAGCUUGGGACAGGGUCAUCAGCACCGAUCUCUCCCGCGACAGGCGGCGGCCUGGAGAGACCGCUGCCCGCCCAGCGAUCGACUGCGUCAACCUUCAAUACAAUGACCCGAGGCUCAUCGCAGAGGUGUUGAAGGAUCUGUGGGUCGGCGGCGACGACGAGAAGUUCGAGGCGAUGUUGCGGGCUUUCGAGCCGCACGUCGAUUGCACUGCGAGCUUCGCGAGGUGUAUGGCACAGCUCGUCGCGGAGAGCAUUGACAUGCAUGGGCAUCGCGCUGUGGUGAGGGGCGUGAGCGCAUCCGUGGUUUUCCGUUCGACUGAGGUUAUCGAUGCGGAAGUGAAGCGUCACGUAGAGAAGCCAUGCUCACCUUUCAACGAGCGCUUCUACAAUCGUCUGGUCUUCUUUGCUACGCUGUACAGCAAAGGCGUAGCUUUCCCGGACGAUUAUACGCAGGUUUUCAUAUCACUUGCUCAGACGAAGCGGUCAUGCGUGUGCCUCUUGAAAGCUAUCCACCUCAUCGCCGGGUCCGGAGACAGGCGCGUCGUAGAAGCACUGCUCAAGAAUGGCGUCGAUCCCAUCCUGGAUCACUUGCUCAGGGCCGACCGUCGUGGCAAGAGAGAUUGGGAGUUGAAAGGAGACAAGGCGGCUAUCGCGAUGCAUAAGCAGACCAUCGAAAGGAUACAAAGCUGGCAGUCCGUCUGA